UGAUGCUGAGGAAGCUUCUCCUCCACUUCUGCAUCUAAAGAGACAAGCACGAACUUCCUGUGUGAUCUCCGUUCAGCUGACUUCACCCUGGCUGCCUCUCUGGGAGGCUUACAGGCUGUGCAGUCUGGGGGAUAGAGAGCCUUCUGUGGGCGGUGUACAGCUCGCAGAGACGCUUGGAAUAUUCUUGCAGAAGCAUCAACAGAAGAUCAGCAGCAGCAGCCAUAAAUGUGGAUUGUUUACACCGGUCGGUCGAGCCGUUCCUGCUUCCCCGCCUCCCAGCGACUCCGAGCGGCCGACUGUGCUCAGCAGCGUAGCCGCAGAUAGCGUCAGUGGAACGGGGCUGAUGGCCCUGGUGCUCGGCCCGGCCUCCAUCACCCUCAGCGUCUGCCCGUGAGACUCCUAGAGAGCUACAAAGCCACACCGCUACAUCUAGUCGCCUCAAGUCCCGUGGGAAGAGCGGAGAAAGGAGAGGCGGAGCGGGGCUCAGCAUCGCACCGUGCAUGGUGCUGCGGUGUCGGAGGGAGUGGAUGUGCAGCCAGAGCUGACCCAGAGAUGGCUGUUCUCAAACUGGCCGACCAGCCUCCUCUCAUCCAGGCAAUCUUCAGUGGAGAUUCUGAAGAGAUCCGUAUGCUCAUAUACAAGUCUGAAGACAUCAAUGCUCUGGAUGCAGAGAAGCGCACUCCGCUGCAUGCAGCAGCCUUCCUGGGCGAUGGCGAGAUCACCGAACUCCUCAUCCUCUCGGGGGCACGUGUCAACGCCAAAGAUAACAUGUGGCUGACCCCUCUCCAUCGCGCUGUUGCAUCUCGGAGUGAGGAGGCUGUUCGAGUCUUGAUCCGCCACUCUGCUGACGUGAACGCGCGGGACAAGAACUGGCAGACGCCGCUGCAUGUCGCAGCAGCGAAUAACGCGCUGCGAUGCGCUGAGAUCAUCAUCCCACUGCUGAGCAGCGUCAACGUGUCAGAUCGUGGUGGACGCACUGCUCUCCACCACGCUGCCCUCAACGGCCACACUGAGAUGGUAAACCUUCUCCUCACUAAAGGAGCCAACAUCAAUGCCUUUGAUAAAAAGGAUGGCCGAGCUCUGCACUGGGCAGCUUUCAUGGGUCACUUGGAUGUGGUGUGCCUGCUGGUAAACAAAGGUGCAGAGAUCAGCUGCAAAGACAAACGAGGAUACACUCCACUUCACACGGCAGCCUCCAGUGGACAGAUUGCCGUCGUCAAACACCUGCUCAACCUGUCUGUUGAGAUAGAUGAGCCCAAUGCAUUUGGAAACACGCCUCUCCACGUGGCCUGUUUCAAUGGUCAGGACGCUGUUGUCAGUGAGCUGAUUGAUUAUGGGGCCAAUGUCAGCCAGGCCAACAACAAAGGCUUCACCCCGCUGCACUUUGCUGCUGCCUCCACACACGGAGCGCUCUGCCUGGAGUUCCUGGUCAACAAUGGGGCCGAAGUCAAUGUACAGAGUCGGGAUGGAAAGAGUCCUCUCCACAUGACUGCCGUUCACGGACGGUUCACUCGCUCUCAGACCCUCAUCCAGAACGGCGGAGAGAUCGACAGUGUGGACAAGGAUGGCAACACUCCCCUUCACAUUGCUGCUCGCUAUGGCCACGAGCUCCUCAUCAACACGCUUAUCACCAGCGGAGCCGACUGCACCAGGCGAGGAGUCCACGGGAUGUUUCCUCUUCACCUGGCUGCCUUGAAUGCACACUCUGACUGCUGCCGGAAGCUGCUGUCGUCAGGUCGGAGGUUUAGCAUAAUGUGUAACGACUCGGUCCUGUCUGCAGGCUUUCAGAUAGACACUCCAGACACGCUGGGGAGGACCUGCCUCCACGCUGCUGCUGCUGGAGGUAAUGUGGAUUGUGUCAAGUUGCUCCUGAGCAGUGGAGGAGACCACAACAGGAGAGAUAAGUGUGGCAGGACUCCUCUUCACUAUGCGGCUGCCAGCCGUCACUAUCAGUGUCUGGAGACUCUGUUGGCAUGUGGCACUGCCAUAAAUGCCACAGACCAGUGGGGGCGCUCCGCCCUGCACUAUGCUGCUGCCUCAGAUCUGGAUAGAAGACGUCGUGUUGCUCUGGAGCCAGAGAGUGAAGGCGUUCAGGCGGAAAGGGAGAAGGAGGCAGCACUAUGUUUGGAGUUCCUGCUUCAGAGCGGUGCUACGGCCUCACUGAAAGACAAACAGGGUUACAACCCUGUCCACUACGCCGCAGCCUAUGGACACAGGCACUGUCUAGAACUGCUGCUGGACAGAGAUGGCGGUCACCAAGAUGACUCUGAAUCUCCACAUGCCAGGAGCCCGCUGCACCUCGCUGCGUACCAUGGCCAUGCUCAGGCCCUGGAGGUGCUGCUGCAGGGGGAGAGAGAGGUAGACCAAGGGGACGAGAUGGGGAGGACAGCUCUGGCACUGGCUGCUCUCCGUGGUCACUCUGACUGCGUUCACACCCUCCUCAGCCAGGGAGCAUCGCCACGCACUACUGAUAAGCAGUAUGGACGCACCCCGGUGCACCUUGCAGUGAUGAAUGGUCAUACUACGUGUGUGCGCCUCCUGCUGGAUGAAUCGGAUAAUUCAGACCUCGUGGAUGUUGCUGACUCUCAGGGACAGACUCCUCUAAUGCUCGCGGUGGCCGGAGGUCACGUCGACGCCGUGUCGCUGCUGCUGGAAAGGGAAGCCAAUGUCAAUGUGGCCGAUAACCACGGCCUCACAGCGCUGCACCUUGGGCUGCUGUGUGGUCAGGAGGAGUGCAUCCAGUGUCUGCUGGAGCAGGAGGCUUCGGUUUUGCUCGGCGACUCGCGCGGUCGUACAGCCAUCCACUUGGCCGCUGCCCGAGGCCACGCUUCCUGGCUGAGUGAGCUGUUGAGCAUCGCCUGCUCUGAGGCGCCAUCCUUGCCCCCGCUGAGAGACCACAGCGGGUACACACCGCUGCACUGGGCCUGUUAUUAUGGUCAUGAAGGGUGUGUGGAGGUCCUGCUAGAACAGAAAGGCUGCCGCUGUAUUGAUGGGAACCCCUUCACCCCUCUGCACUGCGCUGUAACCAAUGAUCACGAGCCAUGUGCAUCGCUGUUGCUGGAGGCGAUGGGUUCAGACAUCGCUGGCUGCUGCGAUGCUAAGAGCAGGACUCCUCUUCAUGCUGCAGCAUUUGCCGGUCAUGUCGAUUGUGUCCAGUUGCUCCUUUCCCACGAUGCACCUGUGGACGUCGCAGAACAGUCGGGUCGCACUGCGCUGAUGAUGGCGGCUCAGAGGGGCAGGGUCGGGGCUCUUGAGGUGCUGUUGACCAGCGCCAGUGCCAACCUCAGUCUGACUGACAAGGACGGCAACACCGCCCUGCACCUGGCUUGCAGUAAUGGGAAGGAAGACUGUGUGUUGCUGAUCCUCGAGAAGCUGUCUGACACUGCGCUCAUUAAUGCCACGAAUGCAGCGCUGCAAACUCCUCUGCACCUGGCGGCUCGUAGCGGUCUGAAGCAGGUGGUCCAGGAGCUGCUGUCCAGAGGAGCCAACGUUCAGACGGUGGAUGAGAACGGUCUGACGCCUGCUCUGGCUUGUGCUCCUAGUAGAGAGGUGGCUGACUGUUUGGCUCUCAUUCUGGCUACCAUGAUGCCUUUCUGCUCACCUUGCAGCUCUGGAGCUCCCUCCCCAGGGUCCUUGUUGAGGCAUAUACCCCACCAGGGGGGUAAAGGCCUAUCCACUGGCCCUCGGGCGUCACGCAGCCCCAGGAACCCCUCGGGACCAUCCAGCGAGGGAACCACAGAGAACGACUCAGAGGACUCCGAAACGUUCUGACCCCUCUAAACCGACUCUCUAGCUUCCUACCUCCAAGAGUGCACGUGAACGUCUUACCUCUCUCCUCGGCGAGGAAUGAUGCAGUGUUUGAGUGCACAACUGAGGGAGAAGGAUAGAGACUUGGUCAUUCAUAGAGCCCAUAAAAGUUCAAUAUUAAAUAAAUAACUUGUGGACAAUAAUUAAUCGUAAGAUGAGUUGGAAUAUUUUCUAAUAGAUGGUUAAAUAAUAUUCAUAUUUCUCAUGUCUUCUGUUUGUUUAAUAUUGAACCUUUGGUGCUCCACAUGCAGUGUCUAUAUCUUCUGUUCCUCAUGUUGGGAACAUGAACACGAACUGAAUCGCUCUGCUUUGACGCCAGGCUGGAGACCCUGCAGCUUCUUUUUUUGUAAUGCUCUUUUUUUAAAAGAAAAACCAAGAUGGGAGCAGCUGCACUGCCCAGGACUGACUGACUGGAGCCCAACGAGUCGCUCCGUGAACAAGAACUCGAUCUGGACCAGUUUGGGUCUGCAUGCUUGUGUUAAUUUACACCACGGUUCAUUCUUUCUACUCACGGGUGCUUAAAUCCAAACGACCUCGGUACUUAGUCUCUGCACGGCACAGCAGCUCGCUGCGGAGACUCGUGUUGUCUUUUUAAAAAAAGCCAUUUUUAACUGUUUGUACAAAACGAAGGAGACUAUUAAGAAAUCAGAGUGUAAUUUUAAACUUUUUAUGAUUUUAGGCUUGUUGUACCAAAUAUUUGACUUCCACGAGUAAAUAAUGAACAUGUGACAAAAGGUCACAUAAACAGGUACAUAGAGCUUGUUUUUAACUGUUUAACAGCUGAAGCACAAAUUUGUAGGUUUUUGUUUGGUUUGGAUGACGUUUGGAUAGAAUGGGAAUUGUGUGGCCUCUCCGAAAGACGUUCCUAGUUCAACUGUAGACCAGAAUAGAGGAUAUGAAACACUAGGUACAUCUCAAUGACCUUUACAUCGAGAAAUCCAGAUGACACAGCCCUGACGAAAGAUUCCUCAAGCCUGAUUUAGAGUUCUGUGGUAAAUCAUGGUAGAGCUUACCAUGUGUAACCCACAUAAGUGGCCGUCAGCAUUUAUGCUUGUGCUGGUUCAUUACAUGUUAAUUACUAAGUGGGUAUGUCCACUGAUGUUUCCAGCUGAUGGAAACAUACUGGGUAAGCAUAUUUGUCCCUGAAGUUUUUCCACUUCUUUCCACAUUCCCUCACGUCAAUUAAUAAAUAAAUAUCCCAAGUUCAUUUCAGUUCCACAGUCACGUGUGUUUCAGCAUAAAUUUAAAUGCUAAUGCAAACACUCAGGCACAAAGCUGUAUUCAGAAGAGCUGAACAGUAAUAAUGAUAGUCUGUUAAUGUUAAAUAAGUUAACGUUAGCCUCAAGAGGACAUGGAUACAUGCUACGUUAGCAUAAUCCUGACAAAUCUUUUGCUAUGUUAGCCAUUCUAGACGUUUCAUGUUGAAGGAUGCAUUUAUAUCUGAUUUAAUUUUAAAUUAAUCAAAGCGUGGUACAUUUUAUGGUAGUAUAGUAGCUACACAGAUAAGUCAAAAUCCUAGUUCAAUUAAAAAAAGGAUUGCAUUAGCAGUGCUGUUAGCCUAAAGAAAAUAGCUGCUACAUUAGCACAAAGUGUUUUUACUAUAUUAGAUCAAAGCUAGUGGUAUCUAAUGUUAUUGUUCAGGACAUUUUUCAAAACAUUCAGUAUUGUCAGUAUGUGGUGUAAAGUCAAGAACUAAUGUAUCACAGGUGGAGUUGUAGAUAUCAGCCAUGGGGGUUAGCAUUGCUGCUAUGCUAAAACCAGCCUGGGGGUUCUUCCAGUUUAAAACCAGACUGAAGAGAUAAAGACGCUUGUGUCCACCACUUGAAUGACUUCCUGUGGCCAUGAAACAAAGGCUGUUCUCUUGAUUCUUUGAAGCACCAUCUGUACUUUUAAUGGAGUGAUGUGAUAAGGUAAUGGGGAUGUACCUAGUGAUGAAUAUAAGGUCUGUGGAGAUCAGAUUGAAAGAUGAGAUUAUGACUAAGAUUUAUGCAUUUUGUCCUCUGGCCUUGAAUGGCCAUCUGCACUGUUUUCACUCCAUUUGCAUCCCUACCUGUUGUGUUGUGCAUGCUUGCACACUUCCAGGCAAAGCUUCUUUUUUUGUACUUUAAUGUUUAAUCGUAAAUGCCCAGAUUCUCAACAAAGACCAAAUUUCUGAGGCAAUGAAAAGCUCUGUUUAGCUCUGUUGUGCUAUAUAUGAUCCAUUACACGAUGGUACAAACAAUGCCAGCACUUAAAUGUAAAUUAACACAGGGCUUUGACCACUUUCCUCACAUUCCUCCCCACUGUUUGUCGCUCUGCCAGCUAUGUGCCAUUGUUUCGAAUGUGUCCAGUGCCUUGAUGAGUCUUUUAUUUCUUUUAUGACAUAUCCUGUGCUAGUAGUUGGAAAGGAUGAGUUCACUAUUAUUGCAAAAUAGGAAAAGUGUUGGUGGUACUGAAUGGUGCAGAUUUUAGCCAUGCUUUGAGAGAUUUACCUCAGACCUCUACCGUUUUAUUGUUUGUGUAGGUUUUUCGCCUUUUGUACACACCAGACACUUUUAAAAGUGAGAAGAAAGUUCCAAACCAGCCGUCAGUUAUGAGGAGCUGCUAAAUGGAUUUGAAGGUCAAACUUGUAAAACCAGACUUGAUGUGCUGCUGUGGGCAUAUGAUGUGACUGAAAGCACAGUUACUGAAUGGACCUAUAAAUAUAAAUCUCACUGCAAGAAGAAAGAAGGAAUACUUGAUUCAUUGUUCAAGUUGGGAAAUGACUGAAACCGUGAAAACAGCGAUCUCUUUCUCCUCUCUGUGGAGGUGCAAAUCUUAAAACCUGGACAAACAAAAACUAGGCGUGGCUGAGCACCACCAGGUACCACCAUUGUUUUUGAAAUUGUGUGAAAUUAUUCUUUAAUGCGUUGAGCUAAAUAUGAGUCGUUAUGUUGUAUUGAAUGACAGUGUUUGACACAGUUUUGGUUGUUUUGUCACCUUAAACCUCUGAGGUCUAAGUCAUCAUUUUGUUUUUGAGUUUUUGGAAAAAAUGUGAAUUGUUUUUCGUGUUGUCAGUUGAACUGACUUUUUCUUUGGCCCCUGAUUGCCAAGAUUUUGGAGAACAAAGUAAUAAAAAGGAAAAAAUGAUGUUUGCUUGCCGAGGGUAGGGUCGGGGUCACCACCUGUGACAACUUAGACCCGAGAGAGUUAAAGGCUGGAGAUUUAAUCCCCCUAAUUUUAUUG